AAUUAAUCAAAACAAUGUCAUUAUCUCAUAUCGCCGCCGAAAAUGAGAUCCCAUUUCGGCGAUUCAUCAAAUUGCGAGCGUUAGGGGAAGGGAUGCAUCGAUUACUUCGGAAAUUCGGUUUCUCAAGAGCAACAUAUUACCGGUGGUGUCAGUACGAUGACGAUGAGAUCCCUCUCCUGAAGCCGUCACACACAGGCCGUCCUCGCAUAACGAGUGUCGAAGAGGACGACCUCAUUGCCGAAGUGGGCAUUGAAAACAGAUGGGACUCAUUGGAUAAGUGGAGAGACGACGAGAGGUUGGCAGCGAGUGAAGCCAUAUUUCACGCAUCGGAUCGCACAUUAUAUCGUCGAUUGAAUGAGAAAGGAAUUCGGAAAUGUGUUGCGGCUGUCAAACAAAGACUCACUCAAAUGCAUAGAGAAAGACGUCUCAGUUAUGCCAAUGAUUUCAAAGACUGGACAUUUGAAGAUUGGUCGCGAGUGAUAUUUAUCGAUGAGUUCGGCAUUGAUACCAGUGAUAACGGGAAGUUGCGUGUAUUUCGGUACAGGAGUGAGAGGUUCUCAUUCCACGGAAUUGGCCCUAUUAUGAGAGUUAAAAACUUCUCAAAAGAGGUUUACGUUGAAUAUUUGGAACAACACCUCUUAUACUACAUUAAUGAGCACUUUGAAGACGGAAAUUUCCAUCUCCUUCACGACGGACAUCGGGCCCACACAUCGACAUACGUGAAGGAAUGGAUUUUCGAAACAUUUGGAUUGGAGUAUCAGUACAUCGUCUUUCCUCACCCGGCUUGUUCUCCAGAUAUGAACCCGGUUGAACAUGUUGGAGGAAUGCUUAAGCAUUUGGUGCGCACUUAUAAGCCCCAAAUUUGCACCGCGGAUGUAAAGGUGUAUAACAAUAAAACAGAUAAAUACCUACAUAUUGAGAAGCCUAAACUGAGGGCUGAAAUAUAG